GCCCCUUUCUCAGCCGCUCUAAGUUUCACCAGACCCGGCUCCAUCCUCUAGACUCAGCCCCUUCUGAGCCGCCAGCCACCCCCUACCCAUAUACUAACACCCAGCGGGGAGUGUGAGAGAAUCGCAGUCUGGAGCCGUGAGGAAGUUCAGAACUAGAGCGCCGGACAGAGACUAUAUUAUUUUUUCGUUGCAACAGGCUCGAGAGAGCAGACUGCAUUGCAGCGAUGGAGAGAAAGAGACCAGGAAUUCCCUCAGGAGCGAGGAUGCCUCACCAGGGAGCUCCCAUGGGUCCGCCCGGUCCCCCAUAUGGUGGGAGCCCCUCGGUGCGGCCUGGUAUGCCCAACCCAGUGAUGGAGCCCAGCCGCAAGCGCCCCGCCACCUCCCAGCAGGCCCAGCAGCAGCAGGCCGUUCAGAACCGCGCCAGAAAUGCCAAGAGAAGGAAAAUGGCAGACAAGAUUCUCCCUCAGAGGAUCCGUGAAUUGGUCCCAGAGUCACAAGCCUACAUGGACCUCCUGGCAUUUGAGCGCAAACUAGACCAAACCAUCAUGAGGAAACGGGUGGACAUUCAGGAGGCUUUGAAGAGACCAAUGAAGCAAAAGCGCAAACUGAGGCUGUACAUCUCCAACACCUUCAACCCUGCCAAACCAGAUGCAGAUGACUCUGAUGGCAGUAUCGCAUCAUGGGAGCUACGAGUAGAGGGCAAACUGCUAGAUGAUCCUGGAAAACAGAAGAGGAAGUUCUCUUCCUUCUUCAAGAGCCUUGUGAUUGAGCUGGACAAAGAUUUGUAUGGACCUGACAACCACCUGGUGGAGUGGCACCGUACCCCAACCACCCAGGAGACAGAUGGCUUCCAGGUGAAGAGGCCGGGUGACGUGAGCGUGCGCUGCACCCUGCUUCUCAUGCUGGACUACCAGCCCCCCCAGUUCAAGCUGGAUCCUCGCUUGGCCCGCCUUCUAGGCAUCCACACCCAGACCAGAUCAGCCAUCAUCCAGGCGCUUUGGCAGUACGUCAAAACCAACAAGCUACAGGACGCCCAUGACAAGGAAUACAUCAACUGUGACAAGUACUUCCAGCAGAUCUUUGACUGCCCACGCCUCAAAUUCUCUGAGAUACCCCAGCGUCUCACAAACCUGCUGCUACCCCCUGACCCCAUCGUCAUCAACCACAUCAUCAGUGUGGACCCCAAUGACCAGAAGAAGACUGCCUGCUACGACAUCGAUGUGGAGGUAGAAGACCCCUUGAAGAGUCAGAUGAGCAGCUUCCUUCUUUCCACAGCCAAUCAGCAAGAAAUCGCCUCCCUGGAUAACAAGAUCCACGAGACCAUAGAGUCUAUCAAUCAUCUGAAAAUCCAGAGGGACUUCAUGCUCAGCUUCUCUAAGGAUCCCAAGGGCUACAUCCAGGAUUGGCUCAAAUCCCAGAGCAGAGACCUUAAGGUGAUGACAGAUGUAGUUGGCAAUCCAGAGGAAGAGCGCAGGGCGGAGUUUUACCACGAGCCCUGGUCCCAGGAGGCUGUUAGUCGAUACUUCUACUGCAAGAUCCAGCAGAGAAGACAAGAGCUGGAACAGGCCCUGGCUGUGCGCAACACCUAAACCCGUCCCCCUACCAUGCAUUUCCUCCUGUCCUCCUCCCACGUUUAGUUCGUGUCAGACACCUUCCUGUGUUGGAUUGUUACUACUAUCCUUCAUUUUCAUUUCAUGUGGUCACCCUCUGUGACCUGUGACUCAUGACCAAUCAUAUAUGGCCCACUUUUCUAUCUAGCUGGAAUCAAGCCAUGACCCCCCCCCCCCCCA